AUGACCCAACAAUUCCUCAUCGAGCCUCUAAUUAAGACCGAGGACUCCGCUGUAGGUCUAUACGUUGAUUUGGGUAGCAAUAUUCCUACGUGUGAAGUCGUUGCAGACGGCUCUCCUACUCCUUCGUCGGUCACUGUCGAUAAUCUUCCAAGCCUUCCUGAUCCAGUACAGCUUGUUGGAGUUGCAGAUCCUUUCGGAUUAGGCGAAUUACCAGAGAUUAACAACGAACUAUACGCGCAGCUGCUUGAUCUUGGAUUUGACGACUUCACUGCACGUCUUGCUCUGAUUCGCACUGCGAAUACAGGUGUUGAAGAGGCUGUAAAUUGGAUAAUUGAGCGGUCAAAUCCCAGUGAUUUCGAGGAUAAUUCAUCUAGCAGCGACGGUGGCGAGGACGUCGAAAUGGGAGGAGGUCGUACUCACAAAAUGGUCUUAGUGGCAAAUAUGAGCCUGAAAAUGGGAACUGGUAAAUUGGCAGCUCAA